AUGAACCAUUAUGCAAAAUGCUGUAGAGCUAAUGUGUCUGUGAAAAAGAAAGUGCACGCACUGGAAGAAGAGCCAGAGGAAUUAUUUGUGGACUGUUUGCUUAAAGAAGAUGAUGUUUUUGAACUGUCAGAGGAUACAGGAGAUGAUGAAUGGAUAGUGCCAAUAACUGUGAAUGACACAAUUAUGCCAUUUAAGCUUGAUACGGGAGCACAAGCAAAUCUGAUGUCUGAGGCUGAUUACAGACAACUCACAGUUAAAAGCAAAAUUUAUCCUGCCAGGACUAGAGUGCGAGGCUACACUGGAGACAGGGUUCCAGUUAAAGGGUGCUGUGUGGCAACGUUCGAGCACGGGGGACAACGUCUGAAGGCUCAGCUGCUGAUCGUGGCACACGAGGUACAGCCCAUAUUAGGCCUGAAAACUUGUGAAAAACUCAACCUGGUCAAGAGAGUUUAUGUGGUUGCAUCGCAGCCUCAGAGGGAUCAGCAUCCUUUCAUGGAGGAAUACAGGGAUGUUUUUGAAGGACUUGGAUGUUUGCCGGCGGUGCACAAAAUCCAUAAUGAUGAAACUGUGGCUCCUGUUGUCCAUGCAUGCAGAAAGGUGCCGUUCGCACUAAGAGAAAAAUUAAAGGAAGAACUUGCCCGCAUGGAAAAGCUAAAAGUCAUACAAAAAGUGGACGAGCCAACGGACUGGGUGAGCUCACUAGUGGUCGUUCAAAAGAAAAAUGGAUCACUGAGAACAUGCUUAGACCCAAAAGACUUGAAUAAAGCGAUUAAGAGGGAGCACUUUAAACUGCCCACUAGGGACGAGAUCAUGUCUCAGUUUGCAGGUGCCAAGUGGUUCAGCAAGCUUGAUGCGUCAUCAGGGUUCUGGCAGAUGAAGCUCGAUGACGCCAGUUCAAAACUCUGCACGUUUAACACUCCAGAGGGGCGUUAUCGCUUUCUACGCCUGCCAUAUGGGAUCCUGUCUGCUCCGGAGGUGUAUCACAAAACGAUUCACAUGGUAUACGAACACAUACCUGGAGUGGACACCAUGAUGGACGACAUCAUUGUUUGGGGGUCCACCGAGGAGGAACACGACAUCAGGCUGAAACAGGUACUGGACACCACCCGAAAAGUAAACCUGAAACUGAACAGAGAAAAGUGUGAACUAGGAGUAAAGAGGCUGACCUUUGUGGGGGAUGUUGUUUCAGAGGAUGGGGUGCAGCCAGACCCCAGAAAGACAUCUGCUAUUGUGAACAUGGACAGACCCAAAAACAAAGAAGAAGUCAGACGUUUUUUGGGCAUGGUAACAUAUUUGGCCAAGUUCGUCCCAAUGUUGUCCACUCAAUCAGCACCACUCAGAUGUCUUUUGGAGCAGAAAAAUGAGUGGGUGUGGUCACACGAACAGGAAGAGAGUUUCCAGACUCUCAAAAGACUCUUAACUGAGGAGCCAGUGCUGAAGUUCUUUGAUCCAGACAAGCAAGUAAGAAUUUCAGCUGAUGCAUCCCAGUAUGGACUCGGAGCAGUUCUUCUGCAGCAGCAUGAGGCAGCAUGGCAGCCGGUGGCUUACGCCUCAAGAGCCCCGAGCAGUGCAGAGCGUAAUUACGCUCAGAUAGAAAAAGAACUCUUGGCUAGCACAUAUGGGUGUGAGCGUUUUCACCAGUAUGUCUAUGGACAAGUGUUUGAAGUGGAGACUGACCACAAACCGCUGGUCUCCAUCAUGUCAAAGCCGCUGAACGACUGUCCCAUGCGCAUACAAAGAAUGUUAAUACGGCUGCAGAGGUACGACUUCAAAAUGAUCUACACACCUGGGAAGUAUAUGUUCGCUGCUGACGCUCUGUCACGGGCAGUGGACAAAAGUGAAAGAGCAGACGACAGAACAAAUGCAGACAUUGAGGCUUAUGUCAACAUGAUCGUCACUUCCCUGCCUGUUUCUGAUGACAGGAUGGAGCACAUCAGACAAGCCACAGAGUUGGACGACACAAUGGAAAAGCUCAAGCAGGCAAUAUUGUCAGGUUGGCCAGCACAGAAAAAUGACUGCCCCAGACAGAUUCAGGACUACUGGGCAUGCAGAGAUGAACUGUCUGUUGUAAAUGAUGUUGUGUUCAAGGGAAACAAAUUCGUAAUUCCAGUGGCGCUGCGCAAAGAGAUGCUUGGCAAAAUACUUGAAGGACAUCUAGGGGAGGAAAAGUGCAAGUGCAGAGCCCAUGAGGUCAUGUAUUGGCCAAGAAUGAACCAAGACAUCAGUCAGACCACUGCUUCCUGUGAAAUAUGUCUCACCUACAGGUCCAGGCAGCAAGCAGAGCCGCUCAUGCCACACGUCGUGCCAGAUGGGCCCUUCUACAAGGUGGGAGUAGAUUUGUUUGACUGUAAUGGAAAAAGUAAUAUUGUUCUGACAGAUUACUUUUCAAACUACCCAGAGGUCGCCACAUUACAGUCAACGACCAGUAAUGCAGUAAUCACUUUCUUGAAAGCGGUAUUUUCCAGACACGGGGUUCCAUGCGAAGUGGUGUCAGACAGUGGCCCCCAGUUCUCCAGUGGUGAGUUUGCCUCGUUUGUAAGAGAGUGGGGUUUCCAUCACAUCACUUCAAGCCCGCAUUACCCGAGAUCCAACGGUCUGGCAGAAAGUUCCGUGAAAGUGGUGAAAAAUCUCAUGAGAAAAGCACAAGAUGGACGCGAGGAUUUUCACAAGAGCCUCAUGAUCUACCGCAGCGCACCUCUGCAGAACGGUUUGUCUCCAGCUCAGAUGCUAAUGGGCCGGCGCCUGCGCACAAACCUUCCUGUGAUGGAGGGGCUGUUGACACCCAAAGGUGCACACAAGAUCAAGGCUGACAAAGAAAGAGGAAAACAGAAACAAAAACAGCAGUAUGACAAAAGCGUGAAAGACCUACCUGUCCUGAGGCCCGGAGAUCAGGUCCGUGUAUGGGAUCAUCUGACAAGCACUUGGAGUGUGCAAGGAUGUGUGUGUUACCAGGUGCAGACUGAGGAUGGACUGUCUCGCAGGAGAAAUCGUGUGGAUCUUCGUCCACACGAGCCAGGACAAAAUGUGGACAUGUAUGAUCUCUGUCCAUACGAGUCAAAUCAAACCAUGGACACUCCUGAGUCUUCACCCAAGCAAGCAGAGGUACAUGACAACCAGCUGCGGGUUUGUUCAGACAAGCAGACACAUCCAGAUGUUGCAGGCACUGGAGUUACAACAUCUACUUUGCCUGAAGUGUCCAGCAGACCUGCUGUGCCUAACAUAUCCAAUAGACCAAGAAGGACUGUUAAGAAACCAGACAGACUGAUUGAUAGCAUGUAA